CUCUAUGGUACGAGGCGGUUGGAGGACCGCCGCUCUCUAUGAUCCUCGCUCACUUCCGCCUAUCUUCCUAACCGGAAGUGACGUACUAACCGGAAACCGGAAGCGGCGGCUCUGCGGGGCGGUGGCCGGUGGCGCGGGAAAGAGGUCCCCCCAUCAUCUCCCCAUGGCGGAGCCGGUCCAUUCCAUCCACCUUCACAACUUCAGCCGCUCUCUCUUAGAGACCCUCAACGUCCAACGUCUGGGCGGUCACUUCUGCGACGUCACCGUCCGUAUCCGCGACUCCACGUUCCGCGCCCACCGCUGCGUCCUGGCGGCCGGCAGCCCCUUCUUCCACGACAAACUCCUUUUGGGUCACUCCGCCAUCGAGGUUCCUCCCGUGGUGCCCAGCGGGGCCGUACGGCGGCUGUUGGAGUUCCUAUAUAGCGGCUGCUUGGCCGUGGCUCGUUCCGAGGCGCUUCAGAUGCUCACGGCCGCCUCCGUCCUGCAGAUCAAAACGGUGAUCGAUGAGUGCACCCAGAUCAUCUGCCAGGGACACAAAGGGCUGCCCCCCAACCGGCCCCCUGCUGGGUCCCCUCCUGUGUUAUCGGAUGGGGGUGAUGCCCAUCACAAGCUCUUGGUACCAUCAGGACACGAUGGGUGCUAUGGGGCAGCCCCACCAGCAGAAGGAUGCUAUGGGGCACCCAGCUGCCAUAGCCGCAAGCAGAGGCAGCCCCUGAGGCUCCAGCUGCCUAUUAAAGAGGAGGAGGAUGAUGAUGAUGAUGAAGGCUCAGUGCCCCCAAUGCCGUUCCCUGUUGAAGAGCCGCUGUUUCUCGAUGCCCCCGAUGUCUUUGACGCCUUCCUGCCCCCUUGGCAGGGGGAUGAUGGGGGUAAAGUGGGGAGGGGUCCGGCCUUUGGGACUGAGGUGGGGCUGGGAGGUGGGGGGAGCAGUUUGGGAUUCGCCCCCCAAGUGCCGCCCCUUUAUGAGGAGGGGGUUGGGGAAGGGGGGGCAGUUGGUGGAGCCCCCAUUGGGGUCCAUAAGGUGUCAAGGGCCGGGACAGCGCGACGCCCUGAGCCGACGUAUCAGUGCGGCCAUUGCCAGAAGACAUUCAGCUCCAGGAAGAACUACAGCAAGCACAUGUUCAUCCACUCGGGUGAGAAACCCCACCAGUGCAGCAUCUGUUGGCGCUCCUUCUCUCUAAAGGAUUACCUAAUCAAACACAUGGUGACGCACACUGGCGUGAGGGCCUACCAGUGCAGCAUCUGCAACAAACGGUUCACCCAGAAGAGCUCCCUCAACGUCCACAUGCGCACGCACCGCCCCGAGCGCUUCCAGUGCCGCCUCUGCACCAAAGGCUUCUCCCAUCGCACCCUCCUCGAGCGACACGUGGCUGCCACCCACCCUGUACCACCCCCAGGGCCACCUCCGGGACCACCACCGGGACCACCGCCACCAGACAACAUCAAGGAUGUGGGGGUCAGUCACACUCAUGUGGCAUAGGGGUACCCCAUAGGGUUGCCACCACCCCUAGACUGACAUAGGGGUACCCCAUAGGGUUGCCACCACCCCUAGACGGACAUAGGGGUACCCCAUAGGGCUGCCACCACCCCUCACGUGGCAUAGGGGUACCCCACCACCCCUAGACCGACUCUAUGAGACCCAUAUGGUGAAACCCAAAGGACUUUGACCCCCCUGAUGUGGGUUUGAUGCCCUGGAUGGAUGGAUGAGGUCCAUCCCAAAGGGCUGCCACCACCCCUAGACCGACUCUUUGACACCAAGGAUAUGGGGGCCAGUCACACUCAUGUGGCAUAGGGGUACCCCAUAGGGUUGCCACCACCCCUAGACUGACAUAGGGGUACCCCACCACCCCUAGACCGACUCUAUGAGCCCCAUGGGGUGAAACCCAAAGGACUUUGACCCCCCUGAUGUGGGUUUGAUGCGAUGGAUGGAUGGAUGGAUGGAUGGACGGAUGGAUGGAUGAGGUCCAUCCCAAAGGGCUGCCACCACCCCUAGACUGACUCUUUGACACCAAGGAUGUGGGGGCCAGUCACACUCAUGUGGCUUAGGGGUACCCCAUAGGGUUGCCACCACCCCUAGACCGACAUAGGGUACCCCAUAGGGUUGCCAAUACCCCUAGACCGACUCUUUGAGCCCCAUGGGGUGAAACCCACAGGACUUUGACCCCCCUGAUGUGGGUUUGAUGCCCUGGAUGGACAGAUGGGGUCUAUCCCACUCAUCCCCUCGCACCCAGGAUGUGUUACUCAAUAAUGGGGGUUUCCCUUUUACCUCUGAACCGCGGCUAUGGGGGGUGGUUCAACGCGCUCUGGGGGGGAUGUAAAUCAACACGCAGGUUUUAAGGA